AGAAACAAAAAAAAAACAAAACGGACAAUGGUUGGACAAUGGUUGUUUAGUCAAAUUUUAAAAAAUAAUUUAAAAUUGUGAAAAUAAUUUGUGAAAUUUUUAAUUAAUUGCUAAACAAUAACAAAAUUGUGAAUUAUUAAUUACUACAGUAAAAUUAGUGCGUAUUUAGGCGGAUAAAAUGUCUCAUGUAUCAGACAUGAAAGUUCUAUUUUCUAGGUUGCGUUCUAUAAAAAAUGGGCUGCCACCAUUUAAAUAUGGGUCCAGAAGCUUCAGUCAAAACAUUGACAAACCUCCUCAACCAUUGUCAAAAAAAAGUGUUUCACCAUUGCCACCUCUCUCUGAGCCGAUGCUGAAUCUUCCACCAGUAGAAUAUGCCUCCUCCAAAUCAGAAAACUAUGUCACUGAAGUGACUAUACUCAGCAACGGUUUGAGAGUGGCAUCUGAAAAGAAGUUUGGACAAUUUUGUACUGCUGGUGUGGUUGUUGAUUCUGGCCCACGAUAUGAAGUGGCAUACCCAAAUGGUAUCUGCCAUUUCCUUGAAAAGCUAAGUUUUGGUGCAACUCACAAAUUCCCAACCCGCGAUGUAAUGCUCCGCGAGUUAGAAAGACAUGGAGGAAUAUGCGACUGCCAAGGUUCGAGAGAUACCACCGUGUAUGCAACCAGUGCAGAUUCCAGAGGGCUGGAAGCUGUAACUCAGGUGUUAGCAGAAGUGACACUGAGGCCUCAGCUGUCUACGGAGGAAAUUGAGGCGGCUCGCCAGGCAGUCGCGUUUGAACUAGAAACUAUUUCCAUGAGGCCUGAACAAGAGACUAUAUUGAUGGACAUGAUACAUUCUGCUGCUUACAAAGGAAACACGCUCGGUUUGCCAAAAAUUUGCCCCGCAGAGAAUGUGAUGAAAAUAGACAGAGGAAUAAUACUCAACUACUUGAAGAAUCACUACACACCUGACCGGAUGGUUGUGGCAGCUGUUGGGGUAGAGCAUAAACCAUUUGUGGAAUACGUUCAGAAAUAUUUCGUGGACAUGAAGCCCGCCUGGGACCACGACGACAGCGCAGCCUUCACUCCUCUGACUGAUAAAUCCAUAGCGCAAUAUACCGGCGGAUUAGAACAGGAAGAAUGUGAAAUCCCACUUUACCCAGGAUCUGAUUUACCCGAACUAUCGCACGUAGUUAUAGGAUUGGAAAGCUGUUCGCACGGCGACAGUGACUUCGUGGCGACGUGUGUGCUCAACAUGAUGAUGGGCGGCGGCGGCUCGUUCUCGGCGGGCGGGCCCGGCAAGGGCAUGUACACGAGGCUCUACACCAACGUGCUCAACAGGUACCACUGGAUGUUCAACGCGACGGCCUACAACCACGCGUACGGCGACACGGGGUUGUUCUGCGUGCACUCUGCCGCGCCGCCCGCGAGACUGCACGACACUGCGCUCGUCAUCGCGCGCGAGCUCGCCAACAUGGCCGGCAACGUGGGCGAGACUGAGCUCCGGAGAGCAAAGACGCAGCUGCAGUCAAUGCUGCUGAUGAACCUCGAGGCGCGGCCCGUCGUGUUCGAGGACGUCGGCCGACAGGUGCUGGCGACCGGCAAGAGGAAACCGCCGUCUUUCUUUAUUAAGGAAAUUGAAAAGGUCACAGCGGACGACAUAGUCCGGGUAGCGCGUCGCAUGCUCAGCAAGAAGCCGGCCGUGGCGGCGCGCGGCAAGCUGGCGCAGCUGCCGAGCUUCGACGACAUCCACGCCAACAUGAGCCUCGGUGACACCCACGCGCCGCAGGGCCGGCGGCUCAACCUCUUCCGGCUCUAGUGUACUGCAUAGGUUUAUUGUACAGUCCGACAAGGCUCUCUUGGCGAGUGGCCAAAAUUGGAACUAACGCCGCCAUCUUGCGAAGUGUCAUGAUGCCUCCUUGUAUGUGGCGUUGCUAAGUAAAAAACCUAAAUUUAACUGGUUUUUUUUAAAUGUUAGUCAUUCCAUAUACAUAACUUCGCGAUAUAUACUGAUAAUUAAGACAGCAUAAAUGUGUCUUCAUCUUAUAGCUAUAUUAUUAGCACUAGGUAAGUAUUUGAGCAGGUAAACAUGAUAGGUUGCAAGUCCCUGGCCUAUCAAUGGUUUUUAUGAUUCUUUUUCGAUGCACAAACAGGAACGGCUUUCCUAAUUUCUCUUUCAGUUAAAAUUCGAUAAAACCUUACUCGAUUUUCAACAUUGAGAUUUUGCGUGAUUGAGUAACAUUCCCUAAACUUGAGUGAUAUUCCCUAAACUUGAGAAGAUUUUAUUUGCUGGCAGCCUUUGGUCUACAACUGCGCCCCCUUGUCGAUGUCACUCAAGUGCCAAGAGAGCCUUGUCGGACUGUAAUGGUUAUGUUUAUUGCGAGCGAUGGUAUUAAUAAAUUUUAUUUUAGUUCCAA